CCUUGGUACAAACUAUGCAGAAACCUCCCCCGUGUCAUCGACGCCAUUCGUUCCCACAACUGCAAGUGCACCGAAGACGUUCCUCUUACUGCCAUCAAGGCCUACGCCAAGAACUCAAAGCCCGACGAGGCCCUCCACCUCUUCCAGAACAUGGAGACUCUCUUUGGGUGCACCCCUGGAGUAAGGUCUUUCAAUACUCUCCUCAAUGCAUUCGUUCUGUCCAAUCAAUGGGAUCGCGCUGACAGGUUCUUUGCUUAUUAUGAGACUGUUGGCGUUGAGCCGAACUUAGAGACUUACAAUGUUUUGAUGAAGGUUUUGUGUAAGAAGAAGCAGUUUGAUAAGGCCAAAAGGUUGUUGGGUUGGUUGUGGGAGAAGGGUCUGAGGCCUGAUAAGUUUACUUAUGGGACUUUGAUCAAUGGGAUGGUGAAAUGCGGGGACUUGUGUAAUGCGUUGGAGGUGUUCGAUGAAAUGCCGCAACGAGGCGUGGCAGCUGAUGUGAUGUGUUAUAACAUGGUCAUUGAUGGGUUCUUUAAGAAGGGGGAUUCAUUGAGGGCAAAGAUGACCUGGGAGAGGCUGCUGAGUGGGGAUUCGGAUGUGUAUCCAAAUGUUACAAGCUACAAUAUUAUGAUCAGCGGGUUGUGUAAGUGCGGGAGGUUCGAUGAGUGUUUGGAGAUAUGGGAGAGGAUGAAGAAGAAUGAGAGGAAGCAUGAUUUGUUUACCUAUAGUUCCUUGAUUCAUGGGUUGAGUGAGGGAAGGAACUUGGAUGGUGCCAAGAGGGUUUACAAGGAUAUGGUUCGGAGAGGGAUUCAGCCAGAUGCCGUUACAUGUAAUGCCAUGCUUAAUGGACUGUGCAAAGCUGGGAAGAUUGAAGAAAGUUUCCAGUUGUGGGAGGAGAUGAAGAAGUAUGGUUGUCGCAAUGUAGUAAGUUAUAACAUAUUUCUCAAUGGUUUACUUGAAAACGGGAAGGUGGAAGAAGCAUUGUUGCAAUGGGAUGCUUUGCUUGAAACAGCUUGUGGCACGGAUUCUAAAAGUUACGGAAUAAUAGUUCAUGGUUUGUGUAAGAAUGGGUACCUGAAUAAGGCUUUAAGGUUGUUAGAAGAGGCUGUGCAAAAGGGAGGUGAUGUUGAUGCCUUUGCUUACUCCUCAAUGAUAAAUGCGUUGUGCAAAGAAGGAAGACUUGAUGAAGCAGCUGAAGUUGUUAAUGUUAUGGAUAAAAAUGGCUGUAAAUUGAAUCCUCAUGUCUGCAACGCAAUAAUUGAUGGGUUUAUCAAACAUUCUGAACUUGACAAUGCUAUUCAAUUCUUUCGCGAAAUGAGCAUCAAAGGUUGCUCACCAACUGUUGUGUCCUACAAUAUUCUUUUAAAUGGAUUAUGUAAAGCAGAAAGAUUUAUUGAGACAUAUGAUUACAUUAAGGAAAUGUUGGAGAAAGGGUGGAAACCAGAUAUUAUCACAUACAGCACCUUGAUAGAUGGUCUUUGUCAGAGCAAGAUGAUCGACACAGCCCUUAGGUUGUGGAAUCUGUUUCUUGACUCGGGAUUUAAGCCGGAUAUCAGAAUGUACAACAUUGUUAUCCAUAGACUUUGUUCUUCUGAAAAAAUGGAGCAUGCUAUGCAGCUCUAUUCAAUGAUGAGACAGAAGAAUUGCAUUAAUCUUGUGACCCACAAUACCAUCAUGGAAGGUUUUUACAAAGUUGGGGACUGUGAAAAAGCAUCAAACAUUUGGACGAACAUCUUUGAAGAUGGCCUUCAGCCAGACAUCAUUUCAUAUAACAUCACUCUUAAGGGACACUGCUCUUGGGGUAGAUUGACGGAGGCAAUUAGGUUGUUGGAUCAUGCUUUGGAGUGCGGUAUUUUCCCAACUGCCAUUACUUGGGAUAUACUAGUUAGAGCAGUGAUUUUUUAUGAGGCUUCAACCUAAUUUUGGAUAUCAAAUACAACAAUAGUAAUCAAGCUUUCUUCCAUUCCGAGUGGUUGGCUAUGCCUACAUGAACAGACAUUGAUGGAGUUUUACAUUGACCAAUUAAGGCACCCAUUCUCUUCCAUUCGGAUUUGAGACUAUGUAAGAUUUGCAUUACAGUACAGGACAGUCAAACUUUAAGUUAUUUUGUCAGCUCGCACUUUUUUCUUUCACUUGUUGAGUGCAUCAGCUAUAGGAAGUUAUAGUUUAGAUGCAAUUCAGCUUGUAAACAAGUGGGACCUAUGGUGGAGUUGUCUGAACUCUGAACUCUGAACUGAAAGUAUCAAGUGCUUGGUUUGUGGGAUAUCUGAGUUCCUCGGGUUUUACAUGAAUUGGUUUAUUUCUUUCUGGUGGCAUCAAGAGGUUCAGGCAAAGACUACUAUACUUCAUUACUGAUGAACUGAGAAGUUAAAGCCACAAGAAUAGCGAAAAGAACUGCAACCUUUCUCCAAUCAGUGGAGAUGAAACAGCAAUAGCCUUGACUAUUCCGAUGCCCAACAAGCCAAUGAAGAAAAGGGGUCUUCUUUCUGAGGUUCUUGAAGAACAAGCCUUCAUUUCUGUCGUCCUCCAUUUGAACUUCAAAUUCCUUGAGCUCGUUUUCACGGUUUGAAAUCUCUUGUCUGUUAAGUUCUGUAGAUUCUUCGAAUUCUAGCAUUUUGCGCUCUAUGUUUGCUGUUAUCUGCUAACCACAAAAGAAUAGUCUUCAUCUAAUCCUUUGAGGGCCUCUUCUCCAAUUUUCUCAAACUCAACUAUGGCUUCUUUGCUAAAUUGGGUCAAAUAUGCGGACCGCUUGUCUACAUAAUCCAUUAGGCGGAUCUUUUGAGCUUCAAGCAUGGCAAUUUGUGCUGGCAACUCUUGUUGGCGAGUAUCACCAGGUUGGGAAUCAGACUCGUUAGACUUGCAGCGGCCGAAGAUGGAACUUCUUUUGUUUUGGAGGAGCCCUGUGCAGUGGAUAUCAUACUUGCUAUUGGUAGGACUGAAAGAAGGAUGAAUGGCUUUGAGGGCAAUCAUCCUUUUGUUACCGUGAAAGUAUGUAUUCAUAACUCAAGGUUGAAAUAGAGAAAAUUAAAUGAAAGGGGGAGAAAUGGGGUGCAACGUCUUUUGAACCUUUUGUUCUCUGUACAUUAUCCAUUUAAAUAAUGAUGGUGAUGUUUUUGUCCAAUAUAAAAAGGAAUAGGAUACUCUGUUUUAUGCUCUAAAUGCCUUUUAGUUU